AUGAUCCCUGUGGGUGAAUUUCAUAUCAUGUGGCGAAGAUUGCAAUUCUCAAAUGUUGAAUUAAAUGAAACCGAGCCCCAGUUAUCCAUUAAAGAUGAGUUGAAAAAAGUAGAAGAACGAUUCAAUGAGGUUGACAUUGGCGGUAAAGUCACCAUCAAGCAGAAGUUACUUGACAUUGUUUGUCCUACAUUGACAUCAAUGGUCUCUCCAUUAUAUAAAGUCAAGAGAAAGGGUGCACAAAAAAGUAAAGUUCAACGAAGAGAAAGGUCUACUACGCGGGAUCCAUCAUAUUUUGAGCAUGUGGACGCCUUUCAUUCAACCAUAGAAUCUUCAUCUGUGAGAAGUAAAUUACAAUCAAAGCCAAAAGCAGUAAAGAAAAGGAGAGUGCCAAUGAUAGACCAGUUUCAUUCUACUACUCACCAUUUCAUUGUGGACGUUGUUGAUGUUGUGGUUGAUGGUCACUGUGGAUAUAGAUGCAUUGUUGCGUUGUUGGGACUCAGAGAAGAUUCAUGGCCCGUUAUCAGGAAUGAGUUGUACAAAGAACUUAGUGAAUGGUGUGAUGAAUACGCAAGCCUAGUAGGAGGCUUUGAUGGACUAGAAGAACUGAGGAACUCUUUGUUGGUUCAGUCACUGUCAGCGGUUAAGCUACAAGAAGGUUAUCCAUUGCCCAUGGUGAAUAUCAUGUCCUCAACCUACUGUUAUCCUGAGGCACGAGCAUGA